AUGUUGGCGGGGAGCUCAUGGGCGGUGAUACCUAAACCAAGUGAAAUCUGGUCCACCGCUGAUCGGAUUGUAUUUUGCCUCGCUGUGAAAUUCCCAAUUUUCACCGGCAACGGAGCCCUAAAACGGCCAGAGAAAAAUCAGUUGGCAGUAGAUGGCCUAAUUAACCGAUUGAUGGUGUGCUCUGUCGACGCCAACGUCACUGGAGGUGGAUUCGGCAACGCCGACGCCGUCAGAGAUGGCCUGCGGACCACACGAGAAGGAUAUUGCGUUGAUUUAGACGGCACUGAAAACGCCGGCAUCGGCGAGGAUGCCGUAGCGGACGAGUGCGGCGGCGCGACGGUCGUGCUGUAG